ACGGAAAAAGUGAAAUAGAGGAAGAAAGAGGAGAACAGGGGAACAGAAAUGUCAAACCACUUGAUUUAACGCAAGAUGGAUUCUCUUUUUCACUUUUUAGUAAAAUUGCUUUAAUGUAGGAUAUAUUUAAUUUAUAUUUUUAUAGAAGUUUGUACAUUCUUUAUGCGACACCAUGGACUCUAACAUAAUGGCAUUUCUAGAAGAAUUCAUGGAAAGUGCGUUGGUGACUUGGGUACAGCUCUUUGAUUGUGUAGUGGACAGGGAGGACAACGUCAUGCUCUACAACCAGUACAUGGACGUGGACUACAAGUCCCAGAAUUCCCAUGACCGCUACCUGAGGCUGACCAAUGGGAUCUUUCUCAACGAGGUCAUGAGGAUCAUAGACCCCAACCCGAAGCUGGAGCAUUUGUACCGCAGUGGAAGAGACAACCAGAUUGUCAGAGUCCAGAACUUCUCCAUCCUCAACCGACACCUCAGGGCCUUCUACCAGGAAGACCUACAACAGCUGAUUCUGAUGCCUCUUCCAAACACUGCCAUUUUGGGGCAAGACCCCCUAACAGAGGCAGCAGUGGAGGAGUUGAGGAGAUUGCUACUGCUUUUACUGGGAUGUGCGAUACAGCAACAGUGUGAGAGGAAGGAAACAUUCAUACAGCAAAUCCAGUCGCUGGACAUCGAGACUCAAACUUCCAUUGCCAACUGUAUCCAGGAGGUGACCCAGGACCCCAGAGCGGUGCUGCCUCUGCAGUGGGAGGAGCUGGGAGGGCUGGAGGAGGUGGAGCUACAGGUGCUGUUUGGCUCCAUGGCCAGACAGAUCCAAGGCCUGCUGGCACAGAGAGACACACACCUGGAGAUUCACACAGAAUCACCUACCUGUCACCUCUUGCUGCCCCCCCCCCCUCAGAGGAUAGCAGAGUUGUGUUGGACAAGUGAGGUCCAGCAGGUUGAGUCUCUCAUGGCUCUCCCAGGUGGUCAUACUGAGGAGCUUCCCCAGAGUCUGGCUGUCCAGCUAGCAGACAGCAGGGCCAAACUACGAUUCCUCAAACAAGAACUGGAAGACAAAGGAGAUCAACUAUUGGAUUACAAGCAGGAAGUUCAAACUAUGGAGGAGCAGUUGAAGAAACUUCAGAAAGAGAACCGCAGUCUUCAGGGUGAGGUGCGGGGAAUGCGAGCGUUGCGUGACGAGCUGGACUGUCUUCGUGACCGUGCAGGCAGAGCCGAGCAGCUGCAGACAGAACUACAGAGCUGCACUCAUAGACUACGCAGCCUGGAAGUCACUCGCACACAACUGAAGGAGCAGCAGCAGCUGUGUGUGGCGCUGCAGGAGACCCGAGUCCUGCUGGAGGAGCAGCUGGCAGACACACGGCAACGCUGCUCCAGCCUACGGGAGCUGGAGAGGGACAAUCUGCUGCUGCGACAGAGACUCAUAGACCUGGAAGGGGAGCAAGACACUGAGAGGCAGAGGGUCGAUGAGCUGUUAGAGAUGAACAUGGGCCUAGAGGCGGAGCUUAGACAGGUGCUUAGACACAACAACAACAAUACAGGCACGAUGACAGCGGCUCGACAUUUCCACCAAUCAGAGGUGGAGUCUGACGAGGAGGCUGGGCUAAGAGAGGAGCUAAGAGAAGAUAUUGAUCUGAAGCCUCUGAGUGUGGAGGUGGGUGAGGCGUCGUCACUGAGACUUCUGGGAGCUGAAAAUGAGAAUGCCGAGCUGAGGAGACGUCUGGAGGACCUGCAGUCUGAACAGGAGGUCAGGGGUCAGAGGCAAGCUGAUUUGCCGGAGGUGAGGGAGGAGCUGGCCUGUCUGGAGGCAGAACAUCAGAAUACACUAAGAGAGGUGAGCUGAUGUGACCGACUAGGU